UUUGGCCCCUUACUGGACAAGGAGUGAACUGGCGCCGCCUGAAACUGCCCUGCUGAGUAUGGACUGAGCUCUGAAUCGCGGAAGAGUAGACCGAAGCUAAGACUGCAUGAUGAAUGAGAGUGUGACCUGGUGCCAAGCAACCUUCAUUUCCCCACCUGCAGUUCCUCCCCCAGCUUCAUCAUCCCAUCUCAUUCAUUCGCAAACCAUAGUUAUCGGCUAGAACUAGUAUCAGCCAAAGGGGAUGCAUUCCGCAAUCAUACUUGUUGCCCUAAAAGGAGGGGCGAUAGAGUAUACAUCCCCCGUGCAGAGUACAUAGCGACGCUAAUAUACACAACCCUAGUCCUUGACGUACAUACAUAUAUUCUUCUUUUUCCCCCUUCCUCCGGCAGUUUCCUGUGGAUGGUGUCGCUAAACAAGUUUCCAGUAGUGACACCGCAUUGUGUCUGACCUUUGCGGAAACUCCCGCGAUCAGAUUGGCAUACCUGAGAGUCCGAUACCCUCCGCUUGUGCAGCUUACCUUGUCUCUCUGUCUGCUAGAGGGAGGAAAAGGGUAUAUCACUAAGGCCCAUCUAAUUUUAUUAAGGGGGAAAAGGUAUCGUCACCAUCAGCAUGUCUUCUGUAGGCAAGUCAACACCCUUAGAUAAGACAAUCUCAAAGGGAUCCUUAUACAAGGAUGUCCACCAUGACCCCGUCACGACGGUGUUGCCAAAUGGCGACGUACCCUAUACCGACUAUCCAAUGAAUGCGGACGAGAGGGUGAUUGUGGCCUUGGGGUACAAACAAGAGUUUAAGCGGGAGUUCUCGUUAUGGACGACUUUCUGCGUCAGCUUUGCCGUACUUGGGCUGCUCCCGUCAUUUGCAAGCACUAUAUAUUAUGGGAUGGGAUAUGCAGGAACAGCAGGCAUGGUUUGGGGGUGGAUCAUUGCCAUGCUGUUUAUCCAGUGUGUUGCCAUGUCGAUGGCCGAACUGUGCUCAGCGAUGCCAACAAGCGGUGGGCUCUACUAUGCUGCUGCAGUACUCGCACCCCCCGGGUACGGACCCUUCGCGGCGUGGAUCACUGGCUGGUCCAACUGGAUUGGGCAAAUUACAGCAGCACCGUCGGUCGAUUAUUCGCUAUCAGCGAUGAUCCUAGCUGCGGCGUCGGUAGAGAAUCCAGACUACGUUCCUACCUCCUGGCAGACAUUCCUCCUUACCACGCUUAUUAUGAUAAUCCACGCGGCAAUCAGUAGCAUGCCAACAAAACGGGUUGCGCAAUUCAACUCGUGGGGCUCAACAUUCAACAUGUUUGCACUCAUCACCGUCAUCAUCGCCAUCCCCGCAGGAACAAAGAAUGAGCCCAAGUUCACACCGUCCAAGGAAGUAUGGGGCACAAUUACCAAUUUAACUGACUACCCAGAUGGAGUGGCAGUGCUUAUGACCUUUGUCGGUGUUAUAUGGACGAUGUCUGGGUAUGAUUCUCCGUUCCAUCUGAGCGAAGAAUGUUCCAAUGCGAACAUCGCCUCCCCGCGGGCCAUUGUCAUGACAUCGGGCGUCGGAGGCUUGAUGGGAUGGUUUUUGCAGCUUGCGGUAGCCUACACCGUCAUUGACAUUGAUGCGGUGCUGAACUCGGAUCUCGGACAGCCAUGGGCAUCAUACCUGCUCCAGGUGAUGCCGAAAAGAACCGCUCUAGCAAUCCUCGCAUUAACUAUUAUCUGCGGCUUCUCGAUGGGCCAAGGAUGCAUGGUAGCCGCAUCACGAGUGACAUACGCCUAUGCUCGUGAUGAUUGUUUUCCCUUAUCAAAGGUCUGGAAAAAAGUCGACAGCCGCACCCAAACGCCCGUGAACGCUGUCAUCAUGAACGCCGUCAUCGGGGUCCUCAUGUGCCUCUUGAUCCUCGCCGGAGAUGUCGCAAUUGGUGCAUUAUUCUCCAUCGGCGCCAUUGCACAGUUUGUUGCCUUUGCUAUUCCUAUUUGCAUCCGGGUAUUCUUCGUUGGCAACCGUUUCCGCCGAGGGCCAUGGCACUUGGGGCCAUUUGGUCCGUACAUUGGAGGAAUGGGCGUGUUCUUUGUGCUGCUGAUGGUGCCGAUUCUGUGCCUUCCCAGUGUAACGGGAAGCCACCUGACGCCGAAUCUAAUGAAUUGGACGUGUCUCGUCUGGGGCGCUCCGAUGCUGGCGGUGAGUAUCUGGUGGGUAGUGGAUGCGCACAAGUGGUUCAAGGGUCCAAAGGUCAAUGUGGAGCACGCCAUCCACCCCGUGGAGGAGGAGAGGCCCGUUAUUGUGGAUGUGGGGAUCGGUGGCGGCGAAGUAAUAGAUACGUCAAGCGGAUCGCACCGAAGCCAGGGCUAGAAUCGGAGCCUAUUUACGGAAUUGUAUGUGUAUAUUAUCGCUUUCAUAUUUCUUCUAUAUCACACACGGUGGCGGAGUAUCAGCCUGGCUUGGUAUAUCAGAUUGACUAGUAUCGGUUUUUUUCUUCUCAAUACCCGCCGAUGUUCUGAAAUGUAUGAUAUCAAUCUGCAGACGGAUCUCAAGUUGAAACAAUGAUCAUCUACUGCCACUGGUAGAUCGUUGUGUAACAAGAUGAGCCGCCAGAUUAAACAGGUCACAAUGCACUAAGCAGGACAACGCCACAAGUUGCGUGGGCCAGGCUUUAUUCGCCGCCUCGAUGCUGAUAUCGCACCCUGGAGACCUUGCUGGUAAACACCGAGAGUAGCAAUUUGUCAACGUCCGCUUAUUCUUAUGAAUUAGGUCUGUCGAUAUUGCCUUGUUCCUGGGAGUAUGCGGUUACGAGGAAUGUAUCAGUCCAUUGUUCCUGUCCAGAGCAACUAGGAUUUCUAACCGUUGUCCUUUUCUUUCUCCAUUCGUUUCUUUGUUGGCUAACAAUCUAUAUACAAUCUCUGUUACUACUUGAUAACAUAGAGUGAUAGGAUAUUACUGCCAACCCUACCUUCUUUACAUCCUAUCAUAUGCAGGACUAUUAUUUAU